AUGAGCUUACGCAUUCAGUCGCUCACUCAUUACUCGGAUUUUGAUGGAACUUCUGAGAGUGAGACCUCCGAACUCUCUAUUGUCCUUCCAUUCUCCUCUCGUUUUCGAAGCAAGAAGCAGUCUCAACCUUCGGAGGGUCGUAUCCGCCAAAAAAAAGGCGCCAGGGCCAUUCGACGUUAUGAAAAUGGCAGGCACCUCUCUCAACCUCAGUCACUGUUAUUUUUAUUAAGUGUAAUUCUCGACUUACCUUUUUCAGACGCCUAUUUGAGCACCCUUGCCAUGAUCACGGAGGCUAGUGGCGAGGACGACAUGGAAGAUUACUGGGUUGAUAGGGUCACUGGGGACACCGGAUUCAAUAUUCGCGAGAUAUGGGACGCGUUUAUCUCCCUCUCGGAGACGGAGCAGAUCGAACUCCUUGGCAGUCUCGCUUCCCACUCAGCUUUUAGUAAUGAUUUUGACGUUGACAUGGGCAAUGGUAUGGCUGCACACCCCUCACCAAGGAAUUAUAACAACGCUAAUAGAAACAACAGUUGUGGUCGUCAACGUCGUAAAAAUAAGGGCCGCUCACGUCAGCGACCUGUUGUACAUCUGGAACCCAUUUUCGAGGAUCCAAUGGAGAUGUCAAUCGAUGCUUUCGAUCCUCUCUCCCCACAAGACGUCAGUUCUGAUGUCGCAGUCCUUCCCGCAUCAGGCGUUAUCUCACCGAAACUGCUCCAAUUUAUUCGCAACAUGGUGGAACAGCAGCACCGAGAACAGGAUUUCGUGAGCAGCCGCGCUGGUGUAAAAGGCGGGCGCAAGAAACAGAGACGCUUUUGUGUUCAGGACCUCUGUCUUAUCCAACGCGUGGAGACCGAGUUGCGGAAUGUCUUUGGAGUGGUGGAGUCGCCUGUCCGAGUGUGGACACCCUCCACGAGUCUCCUCAGGUCUUCGAUUUCAUCGAAUCAAACCUACCGAGGAAGGCCGUGGGUUCGUGGACUUCUGUUGGCUCUUAAUGGCUUCCAGAGGAUGCUUGUUCAUGCCACGGCCAACUACCUAGGUCUCCGCUCGUUUAGUGAGUAA